AUUCAUUCAACGAGCCCUGGUUUGGCUUUAGGUGUACACGUUGCUAGGCAACACUGCGACCAACUCCAACAGAAACAAAGGCUUCGUUUUCCGCCACUGACUGAGGGAAGUCACAGCGAUGGCAGCUGAACACAUCACGGGGCUGAAGCGGAAAAUCAGACUGCUCGAGGUGGAGAGAAAAGCGUGCUAUGACAGACAUGAAGCUGCCAUCAUGAAGAACCAGGAGCUGAUCCAUCAGCUGAGGGAGGACAACAGGAGGCUGCACAGGAAGCUGGCGGGAGCUCAUGCUCGUGAUGAGCAGGUGAUCAGAGCGGCCUUUCAAAACAGAGCAAGGGAGAGGGAAUCCUACCGCAACAAGUCUGUGAAGGAGAUCAUUGGAACACUAGACGACUGCGUGCUAUCCAACAGGAAGCGUCUUAAUGCCCUAAAACAUGGCACUGAGAUCUAUGAGAGGCGCCGUGAAGAGCUGAAGAUGGAGUACCGGAGAAUGAAACCAGAGCACAGUGUAGCGCCCCCUGGUGUUCGCACUUUG